AUGCACCACGCCGGGCUGCAAAGCCUGUGGCCCGAGCAAGGACACGCGACACCGGGCAAACACAGUGAGCAAUGCAAGAUGUGGGUUGCAGAGGGGCCAGCUCCAGCCCAGUGGAGCCUGCGGGACGGGGCCCACGCCGGACACUUCCUGGCCGCGGCUGACCAUCUCCGCACCGCAGGACAGCUGGUGGACGUGGCCGUGGGCCCGGAGGGCGAUGUGGCCCAUGCCGUGGUCCUGGCCUCCAUCAGCUCCUUCUUCCUCCGUUUCCUGGAGGGCAGGACCAGAGAGCUGCGCCAGGGCCCCCCGCCCCAUGUCCCCCUGCCACCUGGGGCCACGCUAUGGGGCUGGCGGGCCGUGCUGGCCUUCGCCUAUGGGGGAACUGUGCCCCACGGCCGGGAGAAGGAGGUAGAGGAGGCUGCCCAGGCCCUGGGGGCCCCCAGGGUAGUGGCCGCCUGUGCCCCGCAGCUGGAGAGUGACUCCCAGGAGGGGUGUCCCAAGCCCCUGGAGGAGCAGUGGGAAACGCUAAGAGCCAUGGAGCGACUCCACACCAGCGGCCUGGGCUGUGACCUCCAGCUCCGGGCAGGGGACGAGGUCAUCCCAGUUCAGCGCCUGGCCCUGAGCUGCUCCUGUGACUUCUUCCGGGCCCUCUUCACUUGCCCCAUGCGGGAGGCCACCCACGACCCCGCCGCCCCACUGGCCACAGGGCUGUCCCCAGCCGAGCUGCGUCUCCUCCUCUCCUUUGCCUACACAGGGGCUGUGGCAGGGCCGUGGCCCGCGGUCCUGGAGGCAGCCGAGACCUCCCUGCGCUACCAGGCCUGGGGGCUCCUCACCCUCUGCCUGGAUGUUUUCACCCGUGGCCUGACACCAGAAACUGGCCUGGACGUGCUGGCCUUUGCUGUGGCUUACGGGCUGGCCCAGGUGGGCCGUGUAGCAGAGGACUACAUCUUGGCCACCUUCCCCAGCGUGGUGGCCACACCGGCCUUCCUGGAUCUUCCCGCACACGUUCUCAUCCGCCUCCUCCGCUCCGACGGGCUCAACGUCCUCCAUGAACUGGAGGCUUUGGAAGCAGCAUCCCGGUGGCUUAUGGCCAAUGGAGAUGGCCAAGAGGAUCUAGCCAAGGAAGUCCUGUCAUCUGUUCGCUUUGCCCUCAUGUCUGGCCAGGAGCUGAAGAAGGUCCCAUCAGUGACUGCAGGGGUAGCUGACCCAAAGGUCCUCCGCGAGCUUGUGGUAGCAAGUUUGGCCCCCAUGGCCCAGCUGCCAUGCCGGGUGCGUUCCUUGCAAGAGGUGCUGGUGGUUUCUGGUGGAGACAAACUGACGGCCAACCUGGCUGCCCGAAAGCCCAGCAGAGACCUCUGGUUUGCCCACCGCUACCUCAGCGCUGUGGGGCUGGUGAAGCAGGUGGAGUGGCGGGCACUGGGGCAAUUUCCUGAUGGCCCACGCUUCCGCCAUGCUGUAGCUGUGGUGGGCAACAUCCUCUACGUCCUGGGUGGAAAGUGCUACUAUGGGGUCCAUGACACCCUGGCCAGUGUCUACAGGUAUCAGCCUACGGACGAUUCCUGGGAGCGCCUGGCCAGCAUGACCUGUGGGCGGAGCUGCUUUGCCGCUGUGGCACUUGGGGAUUUCAUCUAUGCCCUGGGGGGCACCUCGGGGGACCUCUACUGCACAGACACCGUGGAGUGCUAUGACCUGGCCAACGACACCUGGAGGAGGUGCCAGCCCCUGCCGAUGGCUCUGUGCGGGCACGCGGCAUGUGCCCUGGAUGGUGCCCUCUACGUGUCAGGGGGGUGUGAUGAGGCGUGCCAGUGCCAGGCAGCCAUGCUGCGCUACAUCCCGGGUGCGCCUGCCACGCUCCUGGCCCCCAUGAAUGGCCAGCGAGCUGGGCACAUCAUGGAGGAGGCGGGGGGGCAGCUCUAUGUGGCCGGAGGGCUGUGCCAGCGGGAUGGACAGCCUGGCUACAGGGACCAGCUGGCCUUUGAGGUCUACAGCCCCAAGCUGGACAUCUGGGUCCUCCUCAGCCCCCUGCCCCAUGCCCAUGUAGGUGGGGGCGCAGCUGUGCUGGGGGGGGAGCUGCUCGUACUGGGAGGGUACAGUCAUGAGACCUACCGGGACACCCACUUGAUCCACGCCUACCAGCCGGGCGCCCGGCGCUGGAUCACCCGGGGCACCUUGCCCCAUGCCUAUACUGACCUCCAGGCUUGUGUCCUCACUGUACCCUCCGCCUUGCGUGGCCCCAACGGCCCUGAGGUCCCCUUGAGAUCUCCUGACACCCCCAAUAACACUUAG